AUGCAAUCGUCGCACCGAGAGAUUGGGGGGGUAAUGGUGGAGAAGGCCUAUUCUACCACCAAGCAUGCUUCCGAUCAAGUUGCAGCCCACUCUCAAAGAGGCGAAGAGAUCAAUCUGUUCCAUACAAUUCGGAGUAUAUCGACCGAUAUCAUCUGCAACUUAUGCUUCGGGUUCGCUCCUGAUUUCGUCAAACGGCCCGAGGAUGCAUCACAACUUUUCAAUGUUCUUGACAUGUGCUUGGAGGGGCUUUGGUUCACUGUGCAUAUUCCGUAUCUUGCGGAAUACCUGAAUAGACUACCGAAGUGGUUGCUCAAGGUUUUGCUCCCGGGACUGACAUACUUCAAAAAUCAAGGCGGAGAGUGGGUCGAUGGCACUUUGAAAAAUAGCAGGAAUUCCAGCGUGGAAGAUGGCAAGUCGACGAUCAUCGAUGCUCUGAACCCUUCACCCAACCAAAAUGUCAGCGCAGCAGAUCGCGAAUGGCUAAUUGACCAAGCCAAUACGUUUGUAUUUGCGGGUGUGGAUACGACAUCUACGAUGUUGAUGUAUACUUUUCACAAGGUUCUAUCUUCCCGCGAAAUUCACAGGCGCUUACAACACGAGCUACGAAAUGCCAAUAUUUCGAUCCAAGAAGGGUACGAUUGGAAGAAGGUCCGAGAUUUACCCUAUUUGACUGCAGUAAUAAAAGAAGGACUGCGGUUGAGCGCUGUUAUCCCGGGACGACUUCCUCGAACGGUCCCCGCUAGAGGGGUAGAAUACAAGGGGACCUUUCUUCCUGGGGGUACCGUCGUAUCGAGCACGAUCUACUCGAUGCAUCAUAAUUCGACGAUAUUUCCUGAUCCAGAUAUUUUCAGCCCAGACCGGUGGCUAGCUGAAAACAGCGUCGAGCUUGAUAGAUAUAACGUUGCUUUCAGCAAAGGGAAAAGAAGCUGCAUCGGAAUGAACCUGGCGUACUUGGAAAUUUACGUCACAAUGGCACUUUUCUUCAGUCGGUUCGAUAUGGAGUUGGACUACCCAGCACCGGGAAAGGAGUUGGAUUGGGCGGAUUGUCUUGCAAGAAGGUCAAAAGACUUCAUCAAAGUGAGAAUAGUCGCAGACAAAUUUUCCACUCCGAGUUGA